AUGCCUCCGCUCAUGUUGGAUAUCCAGCAGCAGCCUCCGAGUCCGCGCGGCGUCACGCCCGAGUCUCAUUACUCAGAAAGCUCGUUCCACGACGAGACGGAACACUUCCUCCGCGAUGCGCAAGCCUUUGUUGAUUUGCACGACGAGACGAGCGAUUUGCACGACAUACUUCAUCAUUCCCACAGGCAUCGACCCGCAUACAAGAGACCGAAUCUCUUGCAACAGUCUUGGCGAUUUGUCGAACGGCUGGUGCUGGUGCUGCUCGUUGUCAUAGCCACAACGGCAGCGACCUUCGCUUCCGGCUUGCGCUUGAGCGAGUGGGGUCACUACGGUCAGCAACGUUGCGGUCCGAACCUGUACGAUCAACAUGGGUACAUUUUUAGGAAGCAGAACAAGGGCGGGGAGACGGACAUUCGGUAUGUUCUCAGAACAGCGUGGGUAGGAGGUGUUCUCGCCCGAGCCAUCCCCGUCGUCGACGCGACAGCAUCGCUUGGCGUUCGCAGAUCAGACAUGUCCCGAUGUUUCCACUCACCUGUACCUGUUACUGUCAGAUGGAUCCCUUAUACGCCCGACAACACCUACACGAGCGAGUUCGAGUCCGUCGCCGACAUUUACAACACCUCGGUCAACCCUUCCGCGGCCGACUUGGCAGCUUCACCUCCGGCCUACUCGACCCUACUGGAAGUCGAUCUCAAGUCGCCUCUGCUUUCCUUCGCGCGCAACAAGACGAUUGUGUUGAUCGGAGACUCUCACGACCGCAAGAACCUGCAAUCGCUCUGUUCUCGCGUACCCGGCGCGAUCGAGCAUGGGACGGACGGGCACCACAAUUGGACGUGUUCGCUCCCUUCGCUUGGCACCCAUUUUGUGCUUCUGUUCCAUUACGGUCUAAUGAGGGAAGACGAGACGUACCGCGCACCGCACGAUCAACUCCCCAACUCGGUCGAAGAACGCGUCGACCAGGUCCUGCUGCCGAUGCUGCAGGGGCUCAGCCCAUCGGUUCCGAGCUUGGUGAUCUUCCAAUCCGGGUUCUGGGACCUGCGUUACUGGGGUAUGCGUGCGCUCGCCGAAGGUGCGAACGAGCCGGGUCGUCUCGCAGAGGGAAUUGUUUCGAUCCGUGAAAGACCUCUGCUGUGGAGCGAACUGAGGUGGUACCGCCAACGCUUUGGAGACGUCCUCGGCGCCUUGCAAAAGACGUUCCCCAACUCGCAGAUCAUGACGAGGACAAUCCAAUCGUAUCGUGGCAACGAGCACGCACGCAACGUCGCCAUCUUUGAGUUGAACGAGUCGAUCAAGGCCAUGAGUCGACUGUACCUUGUUCCGACGAUGCGAUGUGAGUGCCGCGAGCUUUCGCCGGUCGUCGUCCUCAGGGGUCUGAUUCGGGGCGUCGAUCGUCUCUCGACCACAGGGACCGAGCUUCUUCAAGGCUCGGUUUCGUACGCAGACGAGCAGCACUUUGAGAUAGGCGGGCUCCCGUAUAAGCUCUGGAUCAACAUGGUGCUCUACUACCUCGACAGGAGCUCGAAAGGCUGUUUUGCCCCCGCGUCUGCACAGCUCUCGGCCUAG